UACAGAAGAAGGGGUUGUCAGGGUAUGUUAAUAAUUUCCGGGGUCCAUCAUCAUCAUCCUCAACAUGGCGGUGCAAAGGCAAUCCAGAACAAUCAAGAGUGUAUUUCGUCUGUUUGUAAUCGUAGGAUUGUUAGUUUUUGCCCACGCAGCCUAUUCAGCAGCACAGCACCGACUGUACCUUAGAAUAACAGAGAGAGAGUUCACAGGACUACCUGCUGAUAUAGUAGUACAGAUCAUACUGGCAUUCCUGGUGAUAUGCUGUGGACUCGUCAACAUUGCAGGGGACUUCAGGGAAAUAAAGGCUAGCAAGGAGCUGGAAGACAAAUCUUGGGAGACCUUUGGGAAUCAGUCAUCAUUCUACACAUUCACCCACCGAGGCAGGGUCCUGUUCAGUGCUGUACCAGAACUGGAGGAUGAGGCAGACCAGGAGGACUAGUAACAACCCAGCAACACUCAGCUGUUCACUUGAAAAGAUGAAAAAAUGUUUCCUCUAUGUGCUUAGAAAUUUGAGGUAGACCACAACAUGCUGUAAAACAUUGUUUCGUCUAAAACCUCAGCAUACUUGAACUUGUUCUAUUUUGUCUGGCAAGGCAAACUGAUUGCUGUAAGUUUAUAUUCUAUUAGACAUGUUCUUACCACUGGUGGAAUAUUGUGAUAGAAAAAUAUGUCUCCAGAAAUGACAGUAGUGCUAUUGCAGUAAGUAGGAAUGUUGUAGUAGGACCCUGCAUGUAACUACUGUACUCGAGUUUUUAUCUCAGCAUGCACAUUUGCUGGAAGAAAUUCUUCAGUAGUUUUAGUAAAAACAAUUUGCCCACUGAUGCAAUGUUGAAAGUGUUGAUGUGGGCUUGAAAUUUAGUUAUAUAAGCUACUAAAUAAAAAAUCAGACACUCACAGUAAGUAAAUGUAUCAUUACUAUUAAAAUAGAGGACCUGGUAUAUUGUAUUCAGAGGUUUGCUCUCUGCCUAUCAAAAUGGACAAAAUAUGCAGAUGUAUGUACAUAACUGUUAUAUAGACAUGGUCAUUUCUACACAGGAUGUCUUUUUGACACUACGUUUUGCCACAGUAUACUGCUCAAGUAUUUUUCUCCCUGGUUAUACAUGUCUAAAGAAUUAAUAAAAUUUAUACAUAUUACUUGUGCUCAUGUUAGGAAUAAGAAGAGUUUUCUUAGGAUCCCUGUUUAAUUGUUGGAACAUGUUAAAGAUAUCCUUGUGAUGAAGCCAUGAAAUCAGUAAAUUUGUCCUUGUCCACAUUUUUUUGUUGUUAUUUCAAAUUGAAGUACCCAUAGUCUAUGCCCGAGGAAAGGCAGUAGGCAUAAGUAAGUAAAGUUAAGUAGGGUAAAGUGAAUAAAUAUUUAUGGGUUUGGGGCACUAGUUUGGAGGAGGGGGAGGUAUAUUUGAGUUCCAGUUUGAAGGAUAGUGUAUGAGUAAUCCAUUCCAUGAUGUGAUUAAUGUAGUAUUUUCUGGUAUACGAUACAGUUCCAAUACAUUGGAAGGUGAAGAUGCGAGUAAGAUAGCCAUGUAAACUUAGUAGGCCCAAACAAUGAAGCCAUUAAAACACCAGAGAAAAGCUGUAUUCUCAACAUUUUUGUAAACGUGCAAUAGAAAAUCUAAAAUUUCUUGUUCAUGACACGCAUGGUUUUAUUACAUGUCAACUUUCCUUAACUCUUUAACAAAAGUACCUUUGUGUCCAUGACAUGGUAUACAAAUUGAAAGUUUAUUUUUCAUUCAAUUUGGUAUCAAACUCGUGUAACAGAUUGGCUUUGUAAUGUAAGUAAAAUGAUUUAACAGCAUCCUGGUACAGUCACAUUGCAGAAAUUACUGUGUAUUGCUUGUUAAAUUUAUUUGAUGGCAUCAACAGCAACACAGGACUACCUAGCUGCAGGAACAGAAGACUUUAGGCCACUGCUAACAAAAUAGUACAUGGUAAUAAGUUGUAAUCAACCUAAUAUAGUAUGCUGUUCAGUAACAAAUCAGAGUUAGAAUCAGCGGAGCAAUGCAUGGGCGAUAACCUAAUUUCAUGGUGCCAAUUAC